UGCAGUACAUAGUGCGCGUCUGUCUCAUACAGUCGACACCAUCGCCGCAGUGUCAAGAGUAGACAGUAUACAAUUACUCGCGGUCUGAACUCGACGUGUAUAAAAACAACCAAAACAAGAAUAAAGAUAAGUUGAACGUGAAUCAAACCAGUCUGCGGAACAACUCGUUCGUGGAGGUCGACCAACAGCAGGGUCUUGUUUGGGCCGCACGGUUUUUCACCCGGAAACCUUGAAAGAUGACGGAGGCCAAGAGCCCAGAGGAGUUGCAAGAACUGGUAAAACAAAUGCGGCAAUGGAUCGACGAACUACCACAAACACCCAAAGAUUUAGAUGACAAAUUACUAAAGAGAUUCAUUCAUAGCUGCUAUUAUGAUAUGGAUAAAGCGAAAGCAGCAGCAGAGCUAUUCUUCAGUAUCAGAAAUUCAUCACCAGAGCUGUUCAGCAACAGAGACCCGGAAUCGCCGCAAAUGCAAAAAACUUUGAGUAUUGUAAAUCUGGCCCGCUUCCAGAUAUCAGGAAACAGAAAUCUCUGGAUAUGGCAACUUAAUGACCCCGGCCUUUCGAAAUACGACUACAUUCAAGACGUAAAGAUGUUUUUCCUCACAACCGAUGCGUGGCUCUUAGACGAAGAACAUCUAGAGGAUUCUGAUGUAGUCAUCAUGGAUGUAAAGGACAUUACGCUCAGAUUCUUGACUAAAUAUAACAUGUCUGUAGCCCGGAAACUUGCCAAAUAUCAAGAGGACGCGUUGCCUAUACGACUGAAACAAAUACAUUUGGUGAACGCUCCAUCAUUUAUAGAUAAAAUCUACGGACUUAUGAAGCCAUUCUUAAAACAAGACAUCACAAACAUGUUACACUUUCAUCCACCAAAGUCAGAUACGCUAUUUAAAUUCCUAGACAAAGAAGACCUACCAGAAGACUACGGAGGCACACUAGGCAAAAUGGAAGACCACAUGAAAGACGUAAUGGAAUUAUUAAACAAAAAAAGAGAAUCUCUAAUUUGCGAUGACCUGUGGAAAGUAGAGAAAAAGACAAAGGACAAAUCUCCAAAGGAACAAAAUUCAUUAGUGGACACACUAUUCCGUACGCUUACUAUUGAUUAAUUUCAAUGAAAUUUUAAAUAGUAUUACUAUCGGUGCCUUAGAUCUAUAUAGAUAUAAUGUAUACCUGUCUAUAAAUGCAACUAAAUUGUUAUCGUAUUCACACAUAGGUACACAAAUAUAAAUCGUUACGUGUCCGAAAGGCU